AUGACAAGUAGUAUCCUCAAUGAUGUUCCCAUCUCGGAAAGAAAACGUAAAAAAGCUUCCUGUGGCAAAAUAUGUUGCCGUCUCAUGAUCUGUCUCUUAAUUUUUGCUUUAAUUUUAAUAGCUGUCAUUGCUGCUAUAAUUUUAAUUGCUUGGUUCACUUUGGGAAGUGUUUUAUGGGACGUGGCUUUUGCUGUUGAUAUUAAAACUGAUUGUGAUGAAUUUAGAGGAAAUUCACCAUCCAAUUUUACGAUUAAUUAUCGUUGUCCAUAUUUUAUUCAACCUACUUCACAGUGGACUGAAAAAUUGGCACCAUAUUUUGUGGAUUCAGCAAAUUUGGAAACUGUCGAUUUUUAUAGUAGAGAUGCUUCGUGGAUUGAAGGUGGAAUUGGAAAGGCACAUAUUGUUGCAACCUUGUACAAACAGGCAGUGAUUAAUGAAACUUCUAAAUUCAUUGUAACAAUUCAUGGUUAUAGAGUUUGUAGAUAUAGAUAUGAAACAAUGUUAGCAAGUACAAUGCUUUACAAAAUGGGUUACAAUGUUUUACAAAUUGAUUUGAGAAAUCAUGGAGAUUCUGGAGUUUUCUCUAAAAUACCAUAUGUUACUUUUGGAAGUUUUGAACAUUUGGAUGCUUUGGGAGCUGUUGAUUAUCUUCAACAAAGAUAUCCAUUUUUGGGAAAUAAUUCAUUUGGAUUAUUUGGUACUUCAAUGGGUGGUGCCACUUCACUUGUUGCAUUUGCCAAGGAUAAGAGAUUUAAGGUUGCCUUUGUAGAUAGUCCUCCAUGUGAUGUCUAUCAAACAAUUUAUUACGGAGCUCAAGCUAUUGCUGGUAAUUCAUUGGCAGAUGUUGCUAUGAAUUCAAUUAGGAGUGUGUUACCAGUUAAAUCUCCAUUAAUGGGCUUCCCACCAUUUUACAAUGAUGUAAAGGAAUUAUUGAAUGGAGUUGACUUGUCGAAUGGACGUAAAAUAUUCUUCAUGCAUAUUGAGGAUGAUAUUGUAGUGCCAACUUUCAAUUAUUACACUUGUAGAAAUGCUACAAUGAAAUCAAUUACAGCCAAUGGAUAUCCAGAAACUAAUAUGGAAUCUUUCUUAGGAACUGUCGAUUAUCCAUUCACUAAUAGAACUAGAACUUAUUGUAAUAAGCAUUUGGCUUAUCAAUUCUUGAAUUUGGACUCGUUUUAUAGCAUGUUACAAAAGUUUUUCAAGGCCAAUUUAUAA